AUGUUAUAGCUCAGUAGCAGAUCCCAUGCUUUGCAUCCCAGAUUCAGUCUCCAGUUUAAAAGACCAGGUGGCAGGAUAAUGGGAAAGACAUCUAGUCACUGCUAGUCAAAGUAGACAAUAAUGCACUAGAUGAGCCAAUAUUAGCAGCACACAGCAAUUUCAUCCGUUCUUGGCAGAGCUCUUAGAAUCACAGGACUUAGAUGUGCUUUCUCUAAUUACACAGAAAGAUUACACUGUUGCUGACUCUUUGAAAGUGAGAUGUUUCAUGCAAGAACCAAACAUAUUGGGGUGAAAUACCUCUAUGUGUAUGAUGUGGUACAAGAUGGACUUGUUGAAUUGGCAUAUUAUCAAACCAAAGAAAUGACAGUCAAUAUUCUGACCAGUCCUCGACCAAGAGACUGUUUUGAGAACCUUUGAGUUAAGAUGGGAUUCCCAGUGGUUCAUUUAUUGAGAAGGGGUUUGUGGGUUAAUCAGUUUCACAUAACCAACAUGCUUAAGUCUAAUUAAUGCAUGAAGGGGUUAAUACCAUAGAGUAUGCUGUCCUGUCAGGCUUCACUAUCUACUUCCCCUCAACUUGGAAGGAACUACGUAAUCAAGCCUUUGUUCUCCAGUUUACUUGAGAAGCUCAGCAUGUGAAGAGGUUUGAGUUGGUUGCUCCAGCUCAACUGCAUGGCUCUCAGCAUCCAUUCUUGAGUUCCUCUACCAAUAAUUUAGGAACUUCUGCCGCUUUGUAACUAAGGUGAAUAUUACUGCCUGUGCAACCUUUUAUGAAACACAUGAACCUGACCUUUGAAGAGUGUGUAAGUAAACCAUUUUUAACUUACCAAACGUGUGGUCUUUUUCCUAUGCUAGGGAAAGAGGGAACCUUUGGGAAAAGUAAUACAAUUUAGUUUGGACUGAAAGGGUUAAAUUAUAUCUUUACUGCUUCCAAGAGGUAAGACUUUUUCUGUUAACUUCAGUGCCUCAACUCUGUAAUUUGUGUGGCUGUAGGUUGCUAGGUUGUUUUAUCUGGAUUCUUUGGUGUGAUGUCGCAGAUGGAAGUUCCAUCCAUUGUUCAUAAUUCCUCUUCUGCCCCCCCCCUUGCUGCUUACAUGGUGAGUGAGGAGGUUCAGUUGCCUGGCUGCUACUAAUAUUGGAGAAAUAUGUGGUGAAAGGAAAAAAAGAGGUUGUAAAGAUGGCAACUGAUCAACCCGAAAGCAGCUCUAAACACUCACACAGGCCCAAGUGGGAUAGUAAAUUCCAGUACCUUUUAAGCUGUUCUGGAUUUGUUGUGGGUCUUGGAAAUGUGUGGCGUUUUCCAUACUUGUGCCAAACCUACGGAGGAGGAGCAUUCCUGAUUCCAUACAUCACCACGCUUGUGUUGGGAGGCAUCCCUGUAUUUUUUCUUGAAUUAGCUGUAGGGCAACGUUUGAAAAAAGGCACCAUUCGACUCUGGUGGCACAUCUCACCUUACCUGGGAGGACUAGGUUACAGUUCACUGAUAGUGUCCUUCCUAGUGAGUGUGUAUUAUAAUAUGCUUUUGGCCUGGAUUUUGUGGUAUUUUAUAAACUCUUUCCGAAACCCAUUACCUUGGAGUUCCUGCCCAACAGAUACCAGCAAACCAGAACUUAUUGAAGAAUGUCACAAAAGCACACCUACCAAUUAUUUCUGGUAUAGGUACACUUUAAACAUAAGCACGGAUAUUGGAAACAGUGGCCCACUUCAGUGGUGGCUGGUUUUAUGUUUGGCAGCCUGCUGGUUAAUUGUGUUCAUUUGUACAGUACGAGGAAUUGAAUCGACUGGAAAGGCAAUGUAUUUUACAGCCCCAUGUUCUUACCUAAUUCUAACAUUAUUCCUAAUUUAUGGACUGACUCUCCCAGGAGCCGUUCACGGAUUACUCUACUUCAUGACUCCUAAUCUCAAGAAGAUCAACAAUCCACGUGCCUGGCUUGAUGCAGCCACCCAGAUAUUUUCCUCUCUUUCUUUAGGAUUUGGGGGACUCAUAGCAUAUUCAAGCUACAACCCGUCAAUUAAUGACUGUGAACUGGAUGCUGUCAUGAUAGCAGCAAUAAAUUCUUUGACUUCUUUGUUUGCAUCAAUCCCAAUUUUCUCAAUUCUGGGGUUCAAAGCAACAGUGGCCUAUGAAGAAUGCUUGGAAAGAAAUGUUAAAAGCAUCACCAAGGCAUUCAGGAAAGACAACAUCACUGUAGACAGCAGCGCAUUUUGGCUCAGUUAUUUGAAUGGAACAGAUAUCAAUAAACUGGCAUCUCUCAAACUGGCAAAUUGUGAUCUCCAGUAUUUCCUUGAUAAGAGUGUUUCUGGAACCGGCUUGUCCUUUAUUGUGUUCACUGAAAUCGUCAUUAAGAUGCCUGGAUCGAACACUUGGGCGAUUCUGUUUUUUCUCAUGCUGUUCAGUCUUGGUGUAUCUUCCAUUUUUGGACUCAUUCAAAGUAUCUUGACGCCUGUCACGGAAUCUCCCAUUGUGUCUAGAUACAUAUGCAAGGAGGCUGUAUGUGGUUUAAUAUGCCUUUCUGCUUUUCUGCUGGGCCUGCUUUUUGCUCUGAGAUCAGGAAACUACUGGCUUGAGAUGUUUGAUGCCUUUGGGGGAACCAUGCCUUUGCUAGUCAUUGCUUUCUUUGAAGUGAUGGCUGUUGCAUUUGUUUAUGGAAUGAAAAGAUUCAGUGCAGAUGUGGAAAAGAUGAUAGAAAGACCACUAAAAGGCUAUUGGAAGGCAAUGUGGCUAUUUUUCUCGCCAGGGACAAUGCUCCUAAUUUUUUUAUUCUAUGUACUUGUUGAGCCACCAUCAAGCUACAAUACUUGGAACCCAAAUUAUGUACAUUUUCCUGCAAAAGAGUCAAAAAAGUAUCCUCCCUGGGCUGUCAUCAUCUCUGAGAUGCUUGAAACUGUACCAUGUUUGAUGAUCCCUUUCGGAGCCAUUUAUCAACUUUGGAAAAUUGUGUUGAAAAAGAAACUGUUACAAAUAAUACAUCCAGACACCAGCACUGGUAGCACCUGAUCUUAACUUUUGUUUCAGCGAUCUGGUCACCCUUGUUUUCCCCAUCCUAUCCUGACCAAUAAAAAACCCACACAUGUAUCCUCAAAUUCAAGGUAUUCAAUCAGUAAGAAUGUAGGGAUUUCUACGUAAAACCAUUUUCUAAAUAAAUGCAUCUUUAUAUAUAACACUUAGGAAUGUUCAUAAUGCAUAACACAUAAAUUAUCUAGUAAGUCUUACUACGCCAACCAUAUAAGGCAGGUCCACAUUCUUAUCCCUAUAUUGCAGGUGUGGGGGCUGAAUCUGAAAGAAAGUGCUUUGCCUAAGGCCAUUCGGUACAUGAGAUUUAGAAAAGGGAAAACUGCUAGGGGCUGAUUACAAAAUGAUGACAUUAUAAGUGGACACCCUCCAAAACAUAAGUGGACAGAACAUGGUAAUUCCACAGUAAGGAUCUUUUCAGGCACUACCCUUAUGACUGAUUGAGAUAUAUAAAUAAUAACUGGAAUUUAGAAGACACAAUCCAUUAAGUCACAAGUUGUAUUUUCUAAAUUGGAGAUCUGAGUCUUACCAAGUAAAUGGGCUAUUACCAAGAAAGAUACAACAACUAUUGUUGCUGAAAGGCCAUGUGCAGUACAAUAAUAGUCUUGAUUACUCAGCAAGGUUUAAGGAAAACCUCAUGGUUCUGGCAGCCACAAUUACAAAAUAAUGUGCUACCGAGUUUUUAAAACAGAAGUCACAUUUUUAAAAGCAAUUUACAAGGCUUAGUGAACGGAACACAGAAACUUGUAGCCAUAGAUCACUUUAUAGGUAAGAUACCAGAAUAAGCAUCUCACCAUUGUUGGAUUACAGAAAAAUAUAUUUCCCCCUGACAGUUCCAGGUUAGGUGAAUUUUUUACACGGUAAAAAAUAGAACUAAAAAUGGAGCAUAUCCCAUUACUUACUUUGCUGAUAAAAUACUUUGAAAAAGUCACUUUGAGCUCAUGUAUUCAUGACACUAAGUGUACUUUCAGGCACCAAAUUACUACAUUUUCCCUGCUUUGGGAUACAGGAGGUUGACUUAGCUAUUUAUUCCUUUUUCUUUUUUAAAGGAAAAAUAAAUUGGUUUACCUAUAAUAGGACCGCAUCUAUCAAUCCAGAAUGGCUUUGAAAUCUCCAUAUAGUGAUGGUUCUGUCACUUCCUUCAGAAGCUGUACAGAAGCUUCUGGAAUUUGCUGGAGCAACCGUAUUUCACCUGAAAAGAUUAAUGCUAAAAUCAACCAAUCGCUGCUCCGAUAGACAAAUAAUUCCAAACAGGGUUAUUGGGUGGUCCACAGGCUGUCUUUUAAAACGAAGGCGGCCAUUUUUUGCCAAUGCAAUGCCUCUGGGCUGCAUGGCACAUUGGCACACCCCAUCCCUGCACUCCCAAGGACAUUUUGAAACUGCACGUGAUGGGGAGCAGGCUUCCUAGCUGCUUCAAGCACCCCCCUCCUGUGGUUUCCAGUAUUUGGAAGAAAUGCUGCCUCCUAGAGUGGAGGGAGAGCAAUAGUCAUAAUGGCUAGGCCUCCCCCAAUGAAUCUGUCUAAUCCCCUUUUAAAGCCAACCAACUUAGUGACCAUCACAGCCUCCUGGGGAAGAAAGUUUCGUAGUUUGACCAUAAACUGGCCCAUCCCUAAUAUACAUAAAAAGGAAUUAUAUGGCUAUUUAAAAAUACAGUGGUGCCUCGCAAGACGAAAAGAAUCCGUUCCAUGAUUCUCUUCGUCUAGCGGUUUUUUUGUCUUGCGAAGCAACCCUA